AUAGAGGAGGAAUCUCUUUGCUACGCGAUUCAGCUUCUUCUCCUCCUCCUCCUCCUCUCUCGGUGCUUACUACUCUUUCAACCGGAGAGAGAGCUUCUUUUGUGAUCUCGCCGGAAUAUUUAUCCAACCCUUCCAAUUCCAAUUCACUCUUUUAUUUAAACUUCUUUUCAUGAAUUCGAUUCUCCUUCCGUAAUUGCGAAGUAAAAAAAACGAUGGAUGAUUACUACACAGCUGACGAAGAGGAUUGCUAUUACUCCUCCGAUCAUGAUGAGUCUCUGGGCGGGAUUGAUAACGACGAUUCCGAAUUUCACGCCGCCUCCUCUAAGAAAUCAACCACUCAGGUCAUCACGCAGGAAUCGCUUCUAGCAGCACAGAGAGAAGAUUUGUUAAGGGUGAUGGAGCUGUUAUCGAUCAAGGAGCACCAUGCUCGGACUCUUCUCAUUCAUUACCAGUGGGAUAUUGAGAAGCUGAUUUCUGUGUUUGUUGAGAAAGGAAAAGACAGCUUGUUCUCUGGAGCUGGUGUGACUGUCUUCGACUGUCGAUACGGUGGCGACUCUUCUUCCCUUCCUUCGUCUUCUUCGAACAUGAGCUGUGAUGUCUGCCUAGAGGAUGUGGUAGCUGAUCUGAUGAAGAGGAUGGACUGUGGCCAUUGCUUUUGCAACGAUUGUUGGACGGAGCAUUUCACUGUCCAGAUCAACGAAGGCCAGAGCAAAAGGAUCAGAUGCAUGGCGCAUAAAUGCAACGCUAUCUGCGAUGAAGAUGUCGUCAGGAGCCUCGUCAGUAAAAAGCGUCCUGAUCUAGCGGAGAAGUUUGAUCGGUUCCUUGUCGAGUCGUACAUAGAGGACAACAAGAUGGUCAAGUGGUGUCCGAGCACUCCACAUUGCGGGAAUGCGAUACGAGCUGAGGAUGACAAGCUCUGCGAAGUUGAGUGUUCCUGUGGUCUUCAGUUUUGUUUCAGCUGUAUGUGUCAGGCUCACUCCCCUUGCUCUUGUUUGAUGUGGGAGCUGUGGAGAAAGAAGUGUAGAGAUGAGUCGGAGACGGUUAACUGGAUAACUGUUCAUACCAAGCUGUGUCCCAAGUGUUACAAGCCUGUGGAGAAGAAUGGUGGGUGCAAUCUCGUGAGGUGUAUUUGUGGGCAGUACUUUUGUUGGCUAUGUGGUGGAGCUACCGGAAAGGAACACACCUAUAGAAGCAUAGCCGGUCACAGUUGUGGUCGGUACGAAGACGACAAAGAAAGGCAGAUGGAAAGAGCCAAAAGGGAUCUAGACAGGUACACACAUUACCACCACCGAUACAAAGCGCAUACGGAUUCAUCAAAGCUUGAAGAUAAACUCAGAGACACAAUCCUCGAGAAAGUGUCAAAUUCAGAAAAGAAGGAGCUGAAGCUCAAAGACUUCACAUGGGUCACCAACGGACUCAACAGGCUAUUCAGAUCCAGACGGAUCCUCUCGUAUUCUUACGCCUUCGCUUAUUACAUGUUCGGUGAGGAGCUGUUCAAAGACGAGAUGAGCUCUAGUGAGAGAGAGAUGAAGAAGAAUCUGUUCGAGGAUCAGCAGCAGCAGCUCGAGGGUAACGUUGAGAAACUUUCUCAGCUGUUGGAGGAGCCCUUUGAUGAUUUUAGCGAUGAUAAAGUUAUGGAUGUGAGGAUCCACGUCAUCAACUUGUCUGUUGCGGUGGAUAGCCUCUGCAAGAAGAUGUACGAGUGCAUUGAGAAUGACUUGCUCGGUUCUCUUCAGUCUGGUAUCCACAACAUCGCGCCUUACAGUUCGAAGGGGAUCGAACAAGCGGCUGAGUUUCAUGCUUCGUGGAGUUCCUCCAAACCUUUGGAUAGUAGUGGUACAAGCGGGGAGACAUCAAGGCCUGAGAAAGCUUCAGGAUCAAGGGACUCGGAAGACAUGGUUUGCUCUUCUUCAAAGAAACGUCCGAGAAGAGAAGGAAGUUUCACAAACAGCAAAGUCACUUUGUUGGACUUGAACUUGCCUGCUGAUUUCAUCGACCAGAACUGAACUGGAGCUCAACUCAAAUCCCUUUUUUUGUCUGUGUUUUGUCCAAAUGGUAUGACAUGGCAAAAUGGGACUUACUAAUUAUUAUUUUUCUUUAUUAUAGUUUUUUUGGUUUAUAUAUAACUAUUGUUAUAGACUUCUAAUAUAUAUAUAGUUCUCUGAUUCAGCUUAUGAACUCUGUUACUUCUCAAUGCCUUUGAGAAUGUAAAUUUGAAAUUCAAGAGAAUUAUUAGUCGAUAAUUUAAUU